UUUCCCAUAGCCGAGCUGGAGUGUUUGGACAACUGGGCUCAACGCACCAGCUCAUCAACAAACUCGCCAUCAACGCACCACUCAACACCGCUCCCACAUCAAAACACGAGCGGAUUCGGAUUCUUCGCACCAUUGCGUGCUCGUACAUACCCAUAUCGAGGAUAUUUCGCGUCGUUUGGGACUCCGUUUGACCGCUUUUGCCUCGCGUCGCCGCCGAUUCACCGGGCGCAAAGCAGAUUUUUCGCCUCGAUUUCUUGAUGCCUGAGGCAUAAGCUCACCACCCCCAGCGUUUCCUCACCCUUCUGCGCAAACACCACGCGCUCGAAGGGGACGCCGGCCGCCGCCUUCUCCCGACUCUAUGUCGACGAGAGCCAGCACUGCACGCCAUGUCCGCCAACGCAAGCUGAACACGAAGCAGCCGCUUCGCAUACUACGCGAAAAUGAACUCGAGGAAGCGAAUGAUGAAUCGCAACAGCACAUCCCGCAAGUGGAUACUGGUGUCGAGAAGGCUGAAGAAAUCGAAUACCAUCUUCAAGCUGUCAUUAAUGCAGCCAAUACUUCUACUGCUGGUACCAAGACCAAACAGAACUACAUUCCCACGCCCGAUGCCGUGCGUGCGAAAGGCGUCAACUAUGACGAGCUGUAUCCGAAAGGGUUCCAGGACCCUGCAACUUACAUCAGAUUCAGCACCACUGUCGAGGAUUCUGUUGGCAGUGCAUACUGCAUGGACGAGACUGACAAUGACUUCCUGAAUCAGAACCUGAACGAGGGUAAAGAUGUCCACGGCCAACCACUUCCAGAUAAGUCGCACCAGUGCUCUGAGGAGGCUUUCGAGGAGGCCAUGUCGUUCUUUGAGGAAUACAGCUUGCGUCUACGGCCGUUCGCCACUGUCGAUGAUGCUCCAGUACCCUCGUUAGAUGAACUCGAGCAGGCGCGUGAAGAUCCGCUAUCGCAAGAAGCCCAGCACUUCGUCAAGGCCAUCUAUCAGCAUUGGGAAAGGCGGAAGUCUGGCCAUGGUAGUCCUCUCAUGCCAAGCAUCAAGGUCAGAGUCCUCGAUACCACCUCUGAGGCUGACGAUGCCGAUCCGUAUGUCUGCUUCCGUCGUCGCGAGGUCCGACAGACUCGCAAGACCAGAGGCCGUGAUGCUCAGGUCGUAGAGAAGCUCAAGAAACUGCGAAUGGAGCUCGAGCAGGCCAGGCAAUUGGUUCAGAUGGUUCGAGAACGUGAAGAGCUGAAUAAGCAGAACCUCGAGAUCACCCGCAAAGUGUUUGAAGAGCGUCGCAAGCUCAAGGAAGUCAAGAUCAGCAAGAACAUCGUUGGUGAGAAGGGUGAGGACGAGGAGCUGCUCGUCAACCAGAGACCUCAACCCAAGCCCAAGUCUCGACAAGAUGGCGGCCGAUCGGGCGCGACGAUACGUCUUGCACCAAGAGCGCAAUCGGCUCCAGAGAACGAUCUCAUUUCGUUGGCUGACUUGCAGGCUCAGUCCGAGGAGCAUGUGCAGCAGAUCAUCUCCAACAGGAAAGAGCAGCAUCGCCGCUGGAACCAGAGCUGGCAGGACAGGACAUGGCAACCUCUCACGCCACCGCCCGAAACUGCAGAGCAUCCACCACAAUGGUCAUCGUUGUUGGCAGCAGGGCCGACGGGCUAUCCGACGCCGCCACCCUCGCUGCCUUCAAGGAGUUCGCAAGAUCGGGAUGGCGAUGUCGAGAUGGAAGAGCAGAAACCAAAGCUCGACGUCAACGGCAGAAUUGCGACAGAACCGCAGUUUCGGUUGUCGUACCAGCCUGUCGGCAUGGGCCAAGACUACGACGACGAGCUUGAGCCGGAUGCGAAACGCCAGCGCUUGGAUGCACCGCUUUGUCGACUACGCCGCGGGCGUGGUGGGAGACUGCACCUCGAGAUGCGCAGAGAUCGACCAAAGGGCGUAAUAUGUUCUGGUGUCGUGUCUGAUGCGGAGAGUGAUGAUGAGCUGGAGGAUUACCAUCCUGUGCCGGAGAGCAAGACAUUCGAUUACCGAGUCGCGCUUAUCAAUACGCGGGUGGAUCGCGGCUACCGACCCAGUGGCGACCAAACUGCCAUGGUCGCGCAAGCGCAGGCAGCCAUGGCGGCAGGUCAAGGCCAGAGCUCGCAGACGCAACAAGCUGCAGCUGGUGGCUCUUGAGGAAUUCUUUUGAUGAUUGCUUGUUGUGAGGAUCCCUGUCCGGCUCGUGGCAACAGAGGAUGGACUUCUUGUUGUAAAUUAUAGGAUAGCGAUGAUA